GAUUCUGUCUGCUCCAAUCAGGAGGCGCGGUCCUUCCAGCCUCUUGCUCCUGUGAAUCACAGGUCGGCGGGAGCCUUUUUUCCUUUUUUUUUUUUUUUUUCCGGGGAGUCGGCCUCGGGGCUCUGCUCUCCUACCUCAGUCUGCCCUACCCUGGAAUGGGGAAAAUGCGGACAUGCCACUCAGUCCGGCCGCGAACAGUGCUCCAGAACUCAGAGAGUUUUCCAGACGGGUGGAGAUCGCGUUCCCUGCCCGCCGAGGUCCCAUCGCUUCCCUGCUGGGAAGACAAAUGAGGCGCUUUAGCCGUCUCCACGGCCAGCCCCUCCCUCAUAACCCGAGAUUCUUUGUGGGCUCUUAGUCCAUAGCUGCCUUUGAGGUGGUGUAGACCUUGCUAACCAGGACGGCCCAGUAGGCAGAGCUCAUUUUUAUUCCUGUCUGCAAUCGUGCAAAAACGCCCCUUAUGGAAAAGGCAGAGCGCCAGGAGUCAGCAAAACACACUAAAGAUUGGGCAGUCACUGGGGAGAACACUCAGCCCGUCUGCACCCAGGUGAAAUAUACAGCCUUGUUGCUCACACAAAGCCUGUUUGGUGGUUUCUUCACAUGGAUGCAUAUGACAUUUGGUGCUGAAGACCCAGGACAGGAGGACUCCUCUGGGAGACCAGUCCCCUGUUGUCGCCGUCACUCCGUGAGGAGAUCCACCUAUGAUCUCAGGUCCUCAGACCAACCAGCCCAAGGAACAUCUCACCAAUUUCAAAUCGGCUCUCCCUGAUCUGCCCAACAAUUUCCUGUUAAAGAGAUGGCUGACUAUCCUGACUUCAUCAGAGCAGGCUGGUACCUGGCCUUCCUGGAAUGAGUGGGUGUUCUGACAGGCCCCCAGUUUGUCCCAUCUGCACCGCCAAGAGGUCUCCGAGUGGCCAGAGGAGCAAAGUUGCCUUUCAAGUGCCUGUCGGUGCCUGGGAGAACACAGCAGGAGCGUCAUGCGGCCCACAGCGCAGUGCAUGGCGAUUCCAGGCGCUGAACAACUCCCCUUGACCCUUCGGCCUGCAUCUGACUUCCGGCUGCAGAAUCAGAAGCUGAGUCCAGGCAACCGCUCGGCCACUCCCAGUCACUCCUCUCUGGACACCCAGUUACUAAAGUCAGCAAAGAAGAUGCGGUAAUCACCGCCUGAUCUCCACAUGGUGAACACAACACUCUCACUAACACCUCCUUGACCAGUCAGUCUUCAGCACUGGGGGUGGGCAGGCAGGUUUUCUGUGUUUACCAGAAUCGCACAGGCUAAGCACAAACAUGGAACCAGAGUUCCAGGUGAGGAAACCUCACUCGCAGAAGCCCAGGCUGCACCCCACCAGGUGAUGCAGUGCGCCUAGGCUGUGGGUGCUAGGAGCCAAGUGCUAGGGACUCGUCAUGAGUGGGAAUCCCCACGUUCCUGUCACUGCUGUCAAACAGAAGGUAAACAGUCUUAUGAAUGUAAUUCCUUAGGAAGACUUGUACAAACUUUUAUUAGGAUAUCUAUUUAUUUAAUACUGAACUUUGGCCUACUUUGUGAUAAGACUAUAAACAAAUUGAGGAAAUCACUAUUUCUCACUUCUGAAUUUCUCAAAAAAUAAUUUU